UGAGGAGUGAAUGUUACCCUUUGAUAAACCCUUUCUGGCAUGAGAAUGCAAACAUCACUGAUUCACACAGACAGCUUUUGUACAUGCAUGGAACAUUUGUCAUCCUGAUGCCCCUCAGCCUGAUAUUGAUGAUUUUUGGAGGAAUGACUGGAUUCAUCAGUAUUCUUGCCAGGGCCUACCUACUGCUUCUAAUGACGGGACUGCUUUUUCUUUUUGGAGCUCUUGUUACACUUACUGGGAUCAGUGUCUAUAUUGCAUAUUCAGCUGCUGCCUUCGAAGAAGCUGUCUGCCUCCUGAGGAGUAAGGAUCUCCUGGUAGAAAUCGACAUCAGGUUUGGCUGGUCGCUGGCACUAGUCUGGAUCUCCUUUGUCACAGAAGUGCUCACCGGGGCUGUGUUUCUCCUGGCAGCAAGAGUUGUGGGACUGAAACGGCGACGUGAACAGGCGUUAUGA